CGUGACGUCACACACUCACACUGCGCAGGCCACUCAGCUUUGCGUGACGUCACCGAGGGCAGCACAGACGUGGCGGAGUCCGAGCAGGCCCAGUGCGCGUGCGCGUCCCUGUACCCUAUCGGAGCCUGCCAAUCAGCAGGCGCCACGUCACUCGCUGGGCCGGAGGUGACGCAGUGAGCGGUGCAGACAUGGCGUCCGGCGCUACAGAUGGGAAGUGGAAAGUGGUGAAAAAAGGGAAAAAGAGCGGAGAGAAGAGCGGCGGCGGGGAGAGGAGAGCGCUGGGCGAGAGCAACGCCGCCCCCGGAGCCCCGGUGAAGACGACGAGCUCUCUCUACGAAAUGGGCUUCGACAAAAUGCUGAAGAAGCAGAACAAGGAGCAGGUCCCCCCGAGCAGCAGCGCGGACCCCCCGCCGCAGAGGAAGCAGCCGGGGGGCAAAGGGGGCAAGAAAACCCAGACCGCCGACUCCAGUUAUACCCCCAGGAAAUUCGGCACCCUGGAGGAGGCACUGAAAGCAUUGGAUAUCGGUGCCCUUCAGCGGGAGCUGGAGAAGAGUCAGCGCAUGUUCCACGACAGCCCCUCCAUCUGGCUCAAGGACCUGGCGGGAUAUCUGAACGACAAGCUGCAGGCCCCCCGCGAAGACCCCACGCUGAGCCAGCACCCCCACGAUUACCCGUACUGCCUGGUGAGCAAGGAGCUGAGGAGCGUCAUCCGCGCUCUCGUGGGGCGAGCUUCCGGCUGCCUGGAGGAUUUCAUCGAUCACUGCGUCCUCCUCAUGCUGCUGGAGCUGGACAGACCCUCAGGGGAGUCCUUGUACGGUUACCAGAUCUGUAUCCAGGCGGUGCUGACGGACAAACCCAAGGUCGUGACGGGCAACCUGAAAAAGCACCUGGAUCUCCUGUCGACGUAUAAGAACAGACCGGCCAAGGGUCUCACCGUGAUGUGGCUGGUGAGCCAGGCCGGCUUCGUCGACCUCACCGAGGGCCUGAAAGUGUGGCUCGGCGUCAUGCUUCCGGUUCUGGGGAUGAAGACUCUCUCACCGUAUGCCGUCUCGUACCUGGAGCGUCUGCUACUGAUGCACUCCAACUUGACCAAGGGCUUCGGGAUGAUCGGCCCCAAGGACUUCUUCCCCCUGCUGGACUUCGCCUUCAUGCCGCACAAUUCCCUCUCUGCCAGCCAACAGGGGCAGCUGCGUGACUUGUACCCAAGACUGAAAGUCCUGGCCUUCGGGGCGUCCCCGGAGAGCACUUUGCACAGUUACUUCCCGUCCUUCCUGUCGAGGGCCACGGCGAACUGCCCGGCGGACAUGAAGAAAGAGCUGAUGCUGAGCCUCACCGAGUGCCUGAAUCUGGACCCCCUGAGCUUCAGCGUGUGGCGCCAGCUUUACACCAAAUACCUGCCGCAGUCCAGUCUCCUGCUGCAGCACCUCGUGGGCGCCUGGGAUGCGGCCUCCAGACCUAUGCGGAAAUCUCUGCGUGAAACCGUGCAUUCCUUCAAAGUGACAAACGAAGAAUUCUCUGCGAAAGGACAGAACGUGAAGGCCGUGGAAUCGUGCGACGCGGCCUGUGGGGCGCUGCUGCAGAAGAUGAAGGGCCGGGGGCCGCCCUGGUUCCGGUUCUUUCUCGUGGCUCUCGUCUUCGUAGCUGGCUUCGUGAUCCACGAUAUCCGGACACACGGGACGUUUGAAGCGUCGUCGUCGGCGAGGAUGCUGGAGCAGUCGGGACUCCUGGACGUGUCUCGGGAGGCUUGGAGCAAGGCGUCUGAUUACACCGAGCGGGGGCACAGCUGGCUGCAGGCGAACGUCCCGCUCUAUUACUCCCAGGCCGUGGAGGUGAUGGGGCCGAGCCUGGAGCUCCUGUGGGCAAAAUCCAAAGAAGGGGCCGAGGUCGUGGGCCGGAAAUGCACAGCGUUUAUAAAUUUCACCAUCGACAAUUUACCGUGGUUCAUUGAAUGGCUCCAGGCCCGGACGCCGGACUUCGUGUAUCACCUGAUCGAGUUCCUGCGGGAAUUACUGCUCUACGUUCACAGAAACGUCCUGCUGCCGGCGGCGGAAUAUUCCGGGGCCGCCGCACAGAGAGCGUGGCAGCAGUAUGUGGACUCGUGCAAGGGCGAGGUGUCGUGGGACUGUACGAAAGGCCACGUCGGCAACGUGACGCAGUCUGUCUGGACGUAUUUGCACAAUACCACGUUGGCCAUCAAAAACUGGGCUCUGGCAGUGAUUUCCGGGCACUAGAGACUUUGGGCUAUAAGAAGGAGCGGUGCGGCCGCUGACCCGAGCGCCCGCUUUCCAUAACCAAUGACUGAACAAACGAGGGAGGCGCGGCUUGGAACGGGCAGCCUCUGUAAGGGGUUAAUGGAGGGGUUUCUGCACAAACUGCAUCUGUCUUGUGAUUUUAAUGCUGAUUCGGGGAAAUCUAGAACAGUGCAUCGCGAUGAUGUGUAGAGGGGGUCGUUCUAGAAGUGUUAUAAUUAAUACAGCCUCCUGACCCCUGCCAUUUUAACUGAUUCGGUGUGAUCUUCCCCCGGACUCUCGUCGUUUUGGAUAAUAUUCUCCCGGUGAGCUUGCGCUCUGUACGCUUCUCCCAGCAACAGUCAACUGGACCCACGUGUUUUUAGCCAAAUAAAGAUGUUUUCUUUAAAGAUAAACCAGUACGGUGAAA